AUUAAAUUGAAGAGAGAGUGUGACGCGCAUUAACGUUCGAGAAGAAUAAAAAUUAUGUCCGAUGAAAUAGUAGUUAAUACAGAUGUCGGGAAAAUUCGUGGGAAAUUACAGAGAGAUUACCACGAUGGGAUUUUUUAUAGUUUCAGCGGUAUACCUUACGCGAAACCACCCAUUGGAGAAUUAAGAUUUAAGGCACCUGAAGCAGCUGAACCAUGGGAAGGCGUCAGAGAUGGUACUAAAGAAGGAUACGAAUGUCCUUCGUUGGAUUUAACUUUUAAAUAUCACAUUGGACAUGAAGAUAAUUGUUUAAACUUGAAUAUUUAUACGAAAAACUUUCAGAGAAAAAAUAUGCAGCUAAUUCCAAAGAAACCUGUCAUGGUUUUUAUACACGGUGGUGGAUUUAUUUACGGAUCGAAUAAAUCGCAACUCAUCGGCCCAAAUUACCUAAUGACCGAGAAUAUUGUAUUUGUAACAAUCAAUUAUCGACUUGGAGUGUUCGGGUUUCUUUCUAUGACGGAUCAAUCUUUGGGUGUACCUGGUAACGCGGGUUUGAAAGAUCAAGUUUUAGCUUUAAAAUGGGUACAGAAACACAUCGACAAAUUCGGUGGGGACCCAAAUAACGUCACGAUAUUCGGAGAAAGUGCCGGUAGUGCUUCGGUUCAUUAUCUUUUACUUUCACCGCUUUCGAAAGGAUUAUUUCAUAAAGCAAUUAUGCAAAGCGGUUGCGCCUUCAAUUCUUGGGCUAAAGGUACGAAUAAUUUCAAAGCUAUAGCUAAAGCUAUGGGUUAUAAAGACGUAGAUGAAAAAACAGUUUUCCAAAAACUAUGUAGAGCUAGUGCCAAAAGUCUAGUUACCGCGCAAUGCAAAAUAGAAGACGCAUUUUUUGCUAGUUUUCAAAGGCCAUUCGUUCCCGUAGUGGAAUAUCCGCACACAGGGGCAUUUUUAACUGAAAAUCCCGAAGAAAUAAUGAAAAACGGAAAAUACCAUCAAGUACCUUGUAUAAUAGGAUAUACAUCGAUGGAAGGUCUUUUGUACGAGCUACUGAGAAGAACCAGAAACGAUGCGGGUCUUCCGGAAAAUUUAGAAAGAGAUAUACCGGUCGAUAUGAAUGUUACACAAAAAUCGGAAAAAGCUAAAGAAAUAGCGCAGAAAAUGCAGAAAUUUUAUUACGAAGACAGAGAUCUAUCAGAAAAAAACAUAAACGAUAGAUACGUGAUGUUGAGCGACACGCAGUUUCUUUAUGGUAUCCAAAAAACCAUAAAAUUAAUGAAACGACACGGUUAUAAUCCCGUUUACGUUUACAGAAUGAGUUUAGUGAGUUCUUUAAACUUCUUAAAGAAAGUUUGUGAAGUUAAGCAUCUGAAAACGAUGUUGGUUCUAUCGGCGUUAACGAAAAUUUCUGGUGGAUCGAGUUUGAAGACAUUCUUUCAAAACCUACGAGAAAAACUUCCAGUGAAGCAUAUACAAGGUGUAUCCCACGCCGACGAUCUGUUUUACCUGUUUAGCACUCAUAUUAACCCGAGUAUCGUUAGGGGCAGCGAAGAAGAUAAAUAUAUACAGAGGUUUGUUAAACUUUGGACGGAUUUCGCUAGAUUUGGUAAUCCUACGCCGAAACCUGAAGAAAUUUUCGAUAAUACGAUUUGGAAUACGGUGCAGGAUGAAAGUAUAGCAAAUAUUUUCGAUAUUAAUAGAAAAAUUACUAUUACCAAAAACUUUGAGGAGAAAAGAGUGAAAUUUUGGGAAGAUAUGUAUAAAACUUAUAAAAUUUAUUGCAAUCUUUUGUUCGAUACAUCGAAAAUGUCGCAACCCAUUGUACAGGUAAAACAAGGAAAAUUAUUAGGAAAAAUACUUGACGACGUGUAUGGUAAAAAAUAUUAUAAUUUCCUCGGUAUACCAUACGCAAAACCCCCAUUAGGAGAACUAAGAUUUAAGGCUCCACAACCACCUGAAAAAUGGAAAGGCGUUCGGGAUGCCACCGAGGAAGGCAACGAAUGUUUUGCUAGACAAUUCAUGGAAUUUUCCGGUUCGGAAGAUUGUUUAUACCUCAAUGUAUAUACGAGGGAUGUAAGUAAAGAUAUACAAACUAUUGUAGAAAUAAUAUUUUUUUUAUCAAAGAUUUGUAGUGAAAAAUUAAAACCUGUAAUGUUUUGGAUACAUGGAGGGGGAUUCACGACUGGUUCUAGUACCAAUAAACUCUACGGACCGGAUUAUUUGAUACAGGAAAACGUCGUAUUAGUAACAAUAAAUUAUCGUUUAGGACCGUUAGGUUUCUUGGCUUUAGAAGAUCCAGAAGCCGGAGUACCAGGCAACGCGGCUUUUAAAGAUAUGGUAAUGGGGUUGAAAUGGGUGCAAGAUAAUAUAAAACAGUUUUCUGGUGAUCCUAAUAACGUUACGAUAUUUGGCGAAAGUGCCGGAGCCGCCUCUGUACAUCUACUAAUAUUAUCCCCAAUGGCAAAGGGUUUAUUCCAUAAAGCUAUUCUACAGAGUGGUUGUGCCACAAACGGUUGGGCGCUGCCUAAUAAAGUGACAGCUCACAUUUUCGCUCAGAAAGCCGGUAUUUUCACCAACAAUGACAAGGAGCUCGUUAAACAUUUACAGCAAUUAACUUUGGAUGAAUUAGAAGAAACAAUAAAGAAAUUACCGGGGCUGUACGCAAUUGGAGAAUUAUUUCCAUACGGACCAGUUAUAGAAAAAAGUACCAAAGAACCGGCUUUUCUUACCGAAGAUCCUAUAGAUAUAAUUAAAUCUGGAAAAUAUAACAAAGUACCGAUGAUGAUUGGUUGUUUAUCUAGAGAAGGGAUGUUUAUAUAUUCUAUUUGCACCAACGCCAAAAAUAAUUUGGUUUUAGUACCAGAAACGCUGAUACCGAGAUCUCUAAAUUUAAGAAUCGGUAGCAAUUUACAUAAGGAAGCAGCUGAUAGAGUGAAACAAUUUUAUUUCGGCGAUAACGAUCCAUUGAAAAAUAUCGAUCAAAUAUAUAAGUUGUAUACAGACAAUUAUUUUCUGUACGAGGUUUAUAAAACGGCAAAGCUACACGUGGAAACCAAUCAGCAUCCGAUUUUUUUCUACAGAUUUCUCUUCGAUACCGAAUUGAAUGUUCUUAAAAACAGUUACGGAAUUUCAGAUCCAGGUGCUGCGCACGCCGACGAUUGUGGUUAUCUUUUUAAAAGCGAUUUUGUACCAGAAGUUGAAGAGGGUAGCAAAGAAGAAUUGGCUAUCAGGAAAACUGUUAGGUUAUGGUCAAAUUUUGCGAAAUUCGGAAAACCGACUAUUGAUAAAAAAGAUUAUUUAGUAAACAAUCAAUGGCUGCCGAUUACGAAAAGUAAAUUUCGUGUUUUCGAUAUAGGAGAUGAAUUUAAAUUGUACGAUGAACAUCCCGAAACGAAAUCUAUGCUUUUUUGGGACGAAAUGCAUAAAAUAAAUCCUUAUAGUUCCAAAUUAUGACAUUUAUAUAUGAAACAUAAGAAAUUUGAUAGUUAUUAAUAAAUUGUGUAGAGAAAGAGUUUUAAGGAAAAUUAAUUUCUAAAAUCUGUUGAAUGUUGAAAAACGUUUUUUGAAUAGAGUUUUCCUUAGUUCUAUUCAAACAUUGAAGCUUUUAAUAAAUAUAAUUUGGAAAUUGGA